CUCAAGCCGCCCAGUGCCAGUGCCGGUACAGACGGGGGUUUAGUGUGCGGGUGACUGUCGCUUUGCUGUACACAUUCUUUACACAAUCAACAAACAUGAGUGACCUAGCAAUUGACACGGGCAAUCCUGAACUUGACAAGAAAGCAAGGGAGUGGCUUAAAUGGGAUAAGAAUGAAAAAACUCUUGAAGAGAUUAAGGAGCUGACAUCACACAGGGAUGUAGCAACACUGAAGAAGUUACUACUGAACCGUCUUUUGUUUGGCACCGCUGGACUUCGGGGCCGCAUGGGAGCUGGCUAUGCACAAAUGAAUGACCUUGUUAUUAUACAGACAUCACAGGGAUUUGGCAAGUACCUCACAACAGUUAACCCAGAAGCAAAGACGAAGGGUGUUGUCAUUGGUCAUGACAGCCGUCACAAUAGUCAUCGGUUUGCUAGAUUGGCUGCUGCAGCUUUUUUGAAUGCUGGAGUACCUGUUUACCUUUAUGGAAAGAUUGUACCAACACCAUUUGUACCAUUUGGUAUAAAUCAACUUGGAGCAGCUGCUGGAGUCAUGGUUACAGCAUCACACAACCCAAAAGAAGAUAAUGGCUAUAAGGUGUAUUGGGAAAAUGGAGCACAGAUCAUACCACCCCACGAUACAGGCAUACAAAAGAGCAUUGAAGAAAACCUUGUACCAUGGGAAAAUGCUUGGGAUACAGAAAGAGCAAUGGCACAUCCUGAGAUGAGUGAUCCUCUGGAAGAAAUAUCUAACAAAUACUUCAGCAUGUUGGCCUCCUCCAUGCUUGACAAGGAUAUGAACAAAGCAUCACCUCUCAACUUUACUGUCACUUCCAUGCAUGGAGUGUCUCAUAAUUACAUGGUUGAGGCAUUCUCAAGCUGUGGCUUUAAGCCAAUGAUUCCUGUAAAGGAACAAAUGGUACCUGAUCCAGAAUUUCCAACUGUCAAGUUUCCAAAUCCUGAAGAAGGUAAGAGUGCAUUAGACCUGUCUUUCAAGACAGCUGAUGAAAAUAAUUCUACAGUUAUACUUGCCAAUGAUCCAGAUGCUGAUCGGUUGGCAGUAGCUGAAAAACAACCAAGUGGUCAAUGGAAAGUGCUUACUGGGAAUGAAGAGGGGGCACUUUUUGGAUGGUGGGCUUGGUUCCGUAGCCGCCAACUCACUCAACACAUAUCUCCCAAUGACUGUUAUAUGGUGGCCUCCACAGUUUCCUCAAAAAUUCUUCGGGCAAUUGCAAAUAAGGAAGGAUUUCACUUUGUUGAAACACUGACGGGCUUCAAGUGGAUGGGCAAUGUAUCUUAUGACCUCCUGCAGAAGGACAAGACAGUGCUGUUUGCUUUUGAGGAAGCCAUUGGGUUUAUGAAUGGAUCUGAGGUACUGGAUAAAGAUGGAGUGUCUGCUGCCAUGCGCUUAGCAGAGAUGGCAACCUAUCUCUUAAAGCAGAACAUGACAUUGACUGAUAAGCUGCACGCUAUUUAUAAAAUGUAUGGGUACCAUACGUCCAACAAUUCCUAUUACAUAUGUCAUGAUCAGAAUGUUAUCAACAAGAUGUUUGAGAGAAUGAGGAACUUCACAGAGCCAAAUACUUAUCCAAAGAGUGUUGGCAAUGGCAGAUUCAUCAUAAGGGAUGUGCGGGAUUUGACAACAGGGUAUGACUCUUCACAGCCCAACAAACAAGCAGUCUUGCCAGUUUCCAAGUCUAGUCAGAUGAUAACUUUUUCCUUUGCCAAUGGCUGUGUGCUUACCUUGCGUACUAGUGGAACAGAACCGAAGAUCAAGUAUUACUCAGAAAUGUGUGCCACACCAGAACAAGAAGACUGGGCAGCCCUUAAAGCAGAAUUAGCAGAGCUGGUGGAGGCUGUAGUGCAGGAGCUGAUGGAGCCCGACAAGAAUGGUCUCAUUCCACGAGCAGACUAACUCCUGUGCUACAAUCUUUUUCCGUCUUUUUCUAAUAUUCAGUUUAUUUUAGACAUUUAAUUUGUUGUGUUCAUAUAUGAAAUAUUUUCUUUUUGGUUGUUCUUAACUUGUGACUGUUUACUUACUACUGUACAUCAGUUGAGAACUGUGCUACUUUACACAAACAAUUUUGUGAUACUUUAUGCCUCUCAGGAAUUGGCUUGUAGAAUGGUUGCAGUUAGAUGCUAUUGAUAAGUUUUAGAAAAUUUAAAUUGUCUUUCCCUAAGUAAUAUGUCUUUUUAUUCUUGGUCAUUUUUGCAUGUGAAAAGAAUCAGUCACUUCCGUGCAUUUCUUCAUUGAGAUCGAUUGAAAUAUUGUAUUACCAUUUAAAAAGAGGAUUCAACAAUUUACCUUCCAGUUAAAGAAAGAUUAUCAUGACUUUAAAGAUGAAUCUAUGAAGAAUGCAGAUGGGUCAGAUAAAUAAGCAAAAUAAAAAUCUUGCAUUAUAAUCCUUAAAUAUUUUUGUUAUAUAUACUGUUUAUUAUAUAUACACGGACUCUUUUUAUCAAGUCAACAUGUCAUCCUCUUCAACUGCCCAUGUUUCACUGCCAUACAAGAACAUGCUUAUCCUUCUGGCUACUUGCAACUUUCCAUUCAAAUAAAGAGAAGUUCCUUUCGUUAUCAAUAAAGGCAACGGCUCUCUAAACUUCUUCCAGUCACUUCUGAUUCCAACAACCUAUCAAGGUUCCAUUAGACCAAAGAUAGUCUCAGACUGCAACCUCUUCAUUCAAAUAACAAUAGUUUCAUGGUGACUGAGGAUAGAGAGGAGGAAUUCUUGAAAGAGGUUUCAUUAGUAAAUAAGAAAACAAAGUGAUAUUUCUGAUAGGAGGCCAGUGGCCUAUGUAGGAUCCUCUUAUUUUUCUUGACAAAUUGUCUUAGGCUGUGGAUAAUUGUGUGCAUUUUGAUAAUUACAGUUUACUAUGUUUUGGAAAGCUAAAAUAGGUAUGUGACUUGAUUUAUUGGUCAUUUAGAUGAGAAUUUUACAUUUCAGUUGAUGCCAGUUUUAAUUUAAUUUGGUUCUUUGUAUUGCUCAGCUCAUUAUCGUUGGCUUGAUUUAGUCUGAUAUAUUUCAUCCUGGUAUGGUUGUAGGGGAUUCCCCACUCUGUUUCAUUUGGGAGAUUGUGAAUUAUACUUUGUCAUAAACUGAACUGGCAGUUUUCCCAUGUUUCUGAGGAGGAUGUUUCCAAGAGAGGAUUUUUUUUAUGGAGAAUAGCCUACCAGGGCACAGGUGAUCGACCCACAACAGGGCCGGGGGAUAAGCGUAAAAGUAGAAGAGAAAAAGACUAUAUUAAUCUACACCAUGAUGAUGCUCUUUUGGGUAUACAUAGUACAGUGAUGUCUUUCCCUAUUAAGUUGAACCAAUUUGCAUGAUACAGUAAUUGCUUUCAGAGCAAACACUGUACCUGUAUCCUCUCAUUAAAGCUAAUAGUGAAGAGGGGAGGUAAGGGUGAUGAGUACAGUAGAACCUCUAUAUGCUGGAAUUCGCUUUUUGGGGACUUUUGUGAGGUGCUCUGGACUGUGUGUUCAUAUGUGCGUUUGGACAUUGUGUGUGGGUGUCCCACGGCACAUGUCUAUCUGAGUCCUGCUUACACUCAUAUAAUUAUGUGAACUUUUUAUGUAGAGUACAUAUGGUCUUACAGGGAUAUUUGAGGGUUUUAAGAAAUUAGUAAAAUUGUGUAGAGUACAGUACUGUACAUAUUUUAAGAAUUAAGUAAAAUUGUGUAGAAUACCAGUUAUAAGAAAUAGAAAAGUUAGAAAAAAUGCUUAUGAAAAGAACAUCGCUUGCUCACUGAAUACCCAGUACUGUACAGUCUGGGAAUAGUGGUGAAAGUGCUUAUAAGAUGUGAUAUGGGGCCCUGAAGGAGGGAGCCACCCAUCCUACUUCCUCCUACCUACUGCUUCCCGACAAUUCUCAUCCCAGUUUUUUCUUUACUCAUAAGGCACACAAGCACAGUAAAAUGACUUCAUCAAAUUCUGUGGUUACCAGUACUGUACUUACAUAUAACACUUUACUGUAUGGAACAAUCUUAUUGAGAACAGUUGUUGACAACCAAACUUAUGUCUGAUUUUCUUGAAGCAGGGUUACCCAGUACAGUAUGUCCAAACAUCCACCCUUCACCCCUGGAUUCACUUUUUUCAGACUUUCACUCUCUUUGGAUUGGGGUCUGCCCCAAUUAGUCUAGUGUAUCAAAGUACUACAAUACUGUAUAUGUAAAAGAAUUAUCUGAUUAAUCCAAACCCAAGCCAACAUUAUAGGGGGCUGAUCCCAAGUACAUAUUGCCCCAAGUUAGUUACCCUGUGGUGAGAAUAUUCAGGGUGAUGAAAGAUAUUAAAAGUUUAAUAAAAUAGUCAAUAUUUUGAUAUGUUACAAGUUUGGGCCUCUUGGAACCUGUUUUUACCCCCAAAGACUUACUGACUAUAAUGAAAUAUCCUACUCUGGCUUGGUUAGUAAAGAGGAUUUCAAGAUCGAUGCUUUGUUUUUAUAGCAUCUCGUAUUAAAAGUGUACGAUAUAUCCAGACCAUGCAUUUUAGAUAGUAUUUAAAGUGUGUAUAGUAACUAAAGUCCAAGGAAGAAAUAUAUCUUCUUGUACAGUCAGUUCUGCUAUAACGCGAUAGUUGUGUUCUUGUAAAACAUCGUGUUAUAGAAAUUCACGUAAUAGAAAUAACAGGGCUUAUGGAGAAAAUAGGGUUAGGUGCAGAUUACUACUCAAAAUUGAAAAAAUUUUAGUAGUUAGCCAAACACAAAGGUUAGCACAGUCUAAAUAAAUGUUACAUUCAUAUCUAAUAAUGAAAUCAUACAGUAAAUGUAACACUUUACCUUGAAAAAAUAUGAAUAUAACUUGAUGGGGGAGAAGGGUGAUUUUGAGGUUGAUAACAUCGAGCUUAUCUUCAAGUGUUAUAGCCUUUCUUUUACGGUCAUCAACGGGAAUGCGAUCAACAGAACGCUUCUUGGAGAUAUUCUUCUUUACCAUAUUCACAGUUAAUACCACAAAAUUGGAGAAAUAGUAAGCAAAAAUCGCGUUACAGCAAACAAGCGUUCGCGUUAUACAAAUAUCGUUCCUCUAUUCAUAAAUCGCGUUAGAGCCAAUUCGCGUUGUCAAAACACGCGUUAUAGCAGAACUCACUAUGUUGAUAAUAAUUCGGCAGAAAGUGCAUUCCUUCCUAGUUACAAAAUAUUAUGUAAGAAAAUACACUAUAAUAAAUGUAUUCACAGCUUUAGUACCUUUGCAAGUUUUUUUGAAGAGCUAGGCAAAACAGAUUGUCAGUUGCUAAAGAAACUCAUUUUAACCAAGAUGAAAGUGAAUGUGUAUUGUAUUCUGUCAUUUGAGAUAUUCUUCUUGAGAAAUCCAAUUGCCAUUAAGUGAUGAAAAUUGAAGCAUGAUAUGAGGCGCUCAGAGCCAGAGUUAUGAAUCAACCAAACUUGUCUUCUGCUUUAGUUAUUGACAUUUGUAAUCUUUAUAUUCUUCCCAACUCAGUAACCAACCAUAGGAUUAUCAUGUUUUUUAUUUCUUAUAAUAGUAAAUCUAGUUUUGUUUUACAGGUAUUCCACUGUGUAUGGAUUUUUUUUUUUUACACUUAUGCCCCGAGUGACGUACUAAGAUGCCCGACUAGCAUGCCCCGGGUGACAUACUAAGACGACCGACUAACGUGCCCCGGGUGACAUACUAAGACGCCCGACUAGCGUGCCCCGGGUGACGUACUACGACUCCCGACUAGCAUGCCCCGGGUGACGUACUAAGACACCCGACUAACGUGCCCCGGGUGACGUACUAAGACGUUCGCCAUUUCCCGCCAGUGUUUAA